AUGCCGCUUUCAGACUUGGACUUCACCGUGUCCGACUUCGACCCCGAACACGAAGCUUUGGCCUCCACUCGCGAAUUCGGUAGCCCGCGACUUCCCAACAUGAGACAGACCUACGACGAAGAUAUCGAGAAGGACGAACCGGAUUUUGUCAUCAACACAUCUACUCUGGAACGCGCGUUUCCGGAAUUUUCGCAGCUUCCGACCUCUGAAGAAGAAGACAAUCAAGCUCAACAGCCUAAUAACCGCGACCGGGAUACCAUGUCCGAUAUCAGUGAGCUGUCAAUGGAGUUCGGCCGCGGCAACUCGAAAAACCCGGCUCGACGCAUCGACGAUUCGCGCGAUUCAAUCAUGUCGUUUCAAAACAGCGUCCGAUCAUCCUCUCCAGCUGUUCGUGUUGAGUAUCCAACGCCCCAAAAACAGUCACCUGCGCGCCCGACAGCUCGACGCGCCACGGGUGAGAACCUUCGAAAGGACGCACAACUGCGACGUGCCACGCAGGCCCAAAAGGAGAUCGCAAACCCUCCAGUAUUGAGCAAAUCACAACGCGAUAACCAACGACGCACAUUUUCUGAUAUGCACGCGAAAGUGCGCGAUAAUUACGACGGCUCGUUCAUUGGCGAUGAGCGCCCCGCUCCUGUCGCGACGAAUAACCGAUCGACGCGAUUCGGAAACUUGAAUGACUCGCAAGAGAUUGCUGACGCUGUUGAGCGUGCUUCCAGAGAGGCCUAUGCGAAAGAGAUGCGCAAGGCUGCCAACGGAGACACCCCGCGCAAGCCGAGCAAUAACCACAACAACACGAUGGGCGACACCAUGACGCGCCAAUCUUUCCUUCUUCCCGACCUGCCCAACAUCUCCGAGCUCGUUUCAGGCGUCUAUGAAGAUGGCACACCCGUAUUCCCCCGUCAGCACAAGAUGCGCUCCACUCGCUUCGUGUCUCCCCCUCACGAGGCGACCGACAUGUCCACUGUGCGUGGCCAUCGACCACUCGAUGCGAUUCCAAUUCCCGAGGAUGAGAAAGCACUAUUCGUUUCUCUUCGGCUGCUUCAAGACAAGGUUGCCGAGUUGGAGAUGUUCAAGUCAGACGCCGAGAGACGAAUUGAGAUUUACCGAGAGGAGAACGCUUUGCUCAAAUCUGGGCGCGCUCGUCAUUCAGAUAAUCGCGGGGCAGACGAAGUUGACAACAAGAAACAAACGAAACGGCUGAACUUGGAGAUCGAAAAACUCGAGGCUGAGAACAUAGCUCUGCAAAAUCAGCUGGACAUUGCUGACCGCAAGUCCCAGGUCCAGGAGGCCGCGGUCAAGCGACUCAACCAUGAGCGAGAGUCUGCCAUUUCCCAGCUUGGUGUAGCCUACCUCGAGACCAGGGAGCUCAAGAUGGAAAAUGACCAAUUACGAGAGGAGAAUUCGACUCUCAAGUCGCAGCUGAACCGAAUUGUAUCCAAGCAUCACCGAGACGAGAUUCAGGAUACGGAAUCGAGUGUCUCUGCUUCGGACCCUGAAGAUAGCAACACUUAUAGUGCCGACGUGAGUCGCAACACCAAAGAUGUGACUUCCAAGAGUGCCCGCGCGCAGUCCAAGUCCAAACGACAGGAAGAGUCUCGUUCCAAGGUCUCUACACAGGUGGAUAAGGAGAUUUCCCGUCUGGAGAAAGAGCGCGCGGAGGAAGCUUUGUUCUCGAUCGAGAAGCCUACUUCGAAGCGAGCAUCUGCCUCGAAGUCUUCCAAAUCUGGCCCCUCCGAGUCCCGGAGUCACCGAAAACAGUCAAAUACGUCCAAGCAGCGAGUCAAGCGCGUCAUUUUGGAGGACGUCAGCAGCGCCUUGGAUUCCACCGAACAAACCAAGGAAUCUGCGGAGGCAGAUGACCUUACGCUUCUGAGUGUGAUUGAUGAAAACGAGAUCGCCAAGCUUCGCAGAACGCUAGAAGAAGAACGGCUAUCUCGCAAACAGCGCCGCUCCAGUGCUACAAAGGAUGCGGCUGCCACUGAUACUGUGAACGCCAGUCGUCAGAGUAUUCUCAAAGCACCUCAGCCACGCAAGUCCGCGCUGCGGGAGCCGAGACUGUCUAUUUCUCGUCCUGCCUCAGCUGCCGGCGAUAUCACAACAAGGUCUUCCGCAACUAUGGAUGCCGACACAAGCCUUGUCGUGCCAACCUCGGAUCGAGCACGACGCCACUCUGACCAGUCAGCUGCACCUACGCCACAACGUAGAAAGCGCAGGAAUGUUGAGGACAUGACCUCCGCCUUCAUCCUCCCCGAUAUCACCCUGAGCCGUGCAGACCUAGCCGGCAGAAGUUCGUCUCAAUUACCAGAGUCCACGCAGCGAGCGUUGAACAAGAUCGCCCAGCAUGAUGGAGACAACUGCAUGAUUUGCAAGAGCACUCACCCUGACGAUGGCUCUUGCUCACAGGAGGCUGUCAAGAUUCCGCAGCCAAUUCCAGUGUCGGAACGCAUGCCAGCUACUGAAGACCCCACCAUGCGUCCGUCUCAACAUCCUGCUGUAGCCCUUGCCACCGUACUCAAGACACUCGAGGACGAACUUGCCCAUCUGAAGAUGCAGCUCGCUUCCUAUCAAGCUGCCUAUAACAAACUUGAUGUGUCCCUUGGGAAGCGUCAGCGCAAGUCGAUCAUGCAGAAGAUCGAGAAUGUCAUGAAAGACAUCGAUAUGAAGUCCGACCAAAUCUACUCUCUCUACGAUGUGCUGGAAACAUGUAAGGGCGACCUGUCCAAGCGUGAUCUUGACAUGACUUUGGAGUCAAUUGGCAUUGACGUGACGGCGAACACGUCGAAGUCCCGUACAGGUGGAGUCAAUGUCGAGGAUGAGGAGGAAGACGAUUUGCCCUGGGAGGGCAUCGAAAGCACCGCCGAGCUGACUGGGCGCGCGUGA